AUGAGUGCCGUACCUGCUGCUGUAGAGAAACUCGACACUUCCUCAUCGAAAGAGUCUGUACCAAAGGAAUCUCCACCAAAGGAAUCUCCACGUAACGAGUCGCCGGCCGCACGUAAAAAGACUAGUAGACAGCGAAAAGAGCAUUUCCAAUCCACCUGCACUCGGAAAUCCGCCGAAGACAAUGGAGCCGAGCCGGUCCCUUUUGAACCCAUAGUCGAGCCACGAUUACCGAAAAAGAAAGUGGCCCUAUUGCUGGGCUUCAAUGGCACCGGUUUUCAGGGCAUGCAGAUUAAUCCAACGGCUCGAUCGAUCGAGAGUGAAGUAUUUGAAGCUUUAUGUAAAGCCGGCGCGGUAUCGCAAAAUAAUGCCGUGGAUCCCAAAAAGGUUCAAUUAAUGCGUGCAGCACGAACCGACAAAGGUGUCCACGCUGCAGGCAACAUUAUCUCGCUCAAAAUGAUUGUGGAAGAUCCGGACAUUGUAAAAAAAGUGAACAGCCAUUUGUCGGAGCAGAUUCGCGUAUGGGGCUUUGUCGAGACCCAACGUUCGUUUCAUGCGAAAAAUAUGUGCGAUUCACGUGUCUACGAAUAUCUCUUACCAACCUAUGCGUUCAUGAAACCCGCCAAAAAGGAAUAUUACACGGCACCCACAUCAGAAACCGACCUCCGCAUCACAAGCAAUGUAAACGACGAGGUGCGUUACGUGGCGCUCAGUACGAAGGAAGAGAUGGCGGAAAAGUACACCUACAGGAUCAGUCCAGAAAAUCUGGAUAACUUUAGAAAAGCAAUGGCAUGCUUCCAAGGAACGCACAACUUUCACAACUACACAAUUGGACAAAGUUACACCGAUAAGAGCUCAAAUCGUUACAUGAUCAGCAUACAGGUGGAUGAUCCAUUUUGUAUUCAUGGUAUGGAAUGGUUAAGUAUCAAGUUACAUGGGCAAUCUUUUAUGCUUCACCAGAUUCGAAAAAUGAUUUCCAUGGCUCUGCUGACGGUGCGAAGCGAAACACCGUUGUCCAUCAUUCCAAAGACGUUUGCAUCUGCCAAAGUCAACAUCCCAAAAGCACCGGCCUUAGGGCUGCUGUUGGAAAGACCCAUCUUUACGGUUUAUAAUCGUAAAGUGGAAGAAAAGGGGGAGCGUCAGCAAAUUGACUUUGAUGUAUACAAGGACACCAUUGAUGACUUUAAAAAACGGUGGAUUUACGACAAGAUAUUUGAAAAUGAAAAAGCAGAGCAGGUGUAA